CCUCCAUCAUACAGUACAUUGCACACACGUCUACGUACACAUACAUACACACUACACUACACACACUAGCUAAGCAAGCUAGGACAAUUACCUUUGGUUGCAAGCCAAAAGCAAGCAUCCAUCCAUCCAGAGCCAGCAGCCUCAUCUCCAUUUCUCCUCCUCCUCCCCUUCCUCCGGCCUCUCAUCAAGAACCUUCAUAGUACCCACCCCUCACCCUUCACACCCACCCUUCUUCCUCCUCCCCAUCCUCUUCUUGCUCGAUCUCAUGCCUGGAUCCUGCAAGAAACCCAAGCUCCAGCAGGCAGAUCGAGCUGUUCCCCCCUUCCUAGCCAGGUUUUCCUGCUAGGCCAGUCGGCCGAGAAUUCUAAAUUCCAGUCUCCCAAGCUAGCCAAAUAUUAUAAGCCCACCCAAAUCCUAUACUUAUAAACAACAGUAACAUCACAGCACUGGGAGUGGGAGAAGGGGAGCACCAGCUCGCUAGCUAGCUGCCGGUCAAAGGUCAAGGAGAAGGAGCAAGGCAAGGGGAGGGAAGGGAGGAAGGAGGCGUCUACCUAACCUACCUCUCCUCCAUCGGUGCACAUGGAGUUCACCGCAAUCAGGCCCUCCACGGCGGCCGCUGGUGGCUGCUCUUCGCCGCCUCCGGCAGAUCAUAAGGCCGAGGAGGAGGCGGCGGGGGCGGUGGAGAAGGAGCACAUGUUCGACAAGGUCGUGACCCCGAGCGACGUGGGCAAGCUGAACCGGCUGGUGAUCCCGAAGCAGCACGCGGAGAAGUACUUCCCGCUCGACGCCUCCUCCACCGACAAGGGCCUCCUGCUCAGCUUCGAGGACCGCGCCGGCAAGCCGUGGCGCUUCCGCUACUCCUACUGGAACAGCAGCCAGAGCUACGUCAUGACCAAGGGCUGGAGCCGCUUCGUCAAGGAGAAGCGCCUCGACGCCGGGGACACCGUCUCCUUCGGCCGCGGCGUCGGGGAGGCCGCCAGGGGCAGGCUCUUCAUCGACUGGCGCCGCCGCCCCGACGUCGUC